AUGUACGCAUCCGAGUAUGCCGACUCCGAAAAUGUGCUUGGCAAAUACACAGUGUUGAUAAUUCCGAAAACGACAGUCGGCGACAAAGUCAAGAUAUUGCUCAAAAUGCACCAUGAAUUCUAUGCAGAAGCGGAAUUGAUUGAAGUAUUGAACAAGGGUCUGCGAGAGAGCAAGAGGAAUGACCGCAUGAUACUAUGUAAACACUUUCAGGAAUGUAAUGGAUGUCAGCUACAAAUGCUAUCUUACCCUGAGCAAUUGUUGUUCAAACAAAAUGUAAUCAAAAGGGCGUAUCUGUUAUUCUACCCAAAUUUGAAAAUCGAACGCGAGUUGGGGAUUGUCAAUCCUUCACCACUUCAGUAUUCAUAUAGAACGAAGCUUACGCCACACUUUGAAGUACGAGAUGGAAAAUGUACAAAGUUGGGGUUUCAACAUGUAAAUAACAGAGGGAAAAUUGAUGUUGAAAGUUGUCCCAUUGCCACUGUUGAAAUCAAUGAUAAACUACAACAAGCAAGAAGUAAGUACCUUCGGGGCCCACCAAUGAAGCAACUUACAUUGAGACAGAGUAUGCGAGUUGACCACAAUACUGGAGAGUUUUAUGAGACAGCAUUAGAAGGGCAGUCAAAAGUCACUACUGAAAAGAUUGAGGAUUUCAUAUAUCAAUUUGAUUCCAAUUGUUUUUUCCAAAAUAACAACUCAGUAUUGCCCUCGGUUUUGGAUUAUAUACGUUACCAUAUGAAACAGUUGACAUCUCCUGUCGAAAAUGUGGUUGACACAUAUUGUGGUGUCGGUUUCUUUGGUAUUGCCUUGUCCAACUUUCAUGAGAAAUUGAAUGUAUUUGGGAUUGAAAUCAGUGAGUCAAGUAUCAAAUAUGCAAACCAUAAUAUGAAGCUAAAUGGGCUUUACCCGGAACGAACAAAGUUUAUUUUAGGAGAUGCCUCAAACAUAUUUGGUAACGAGGAAUUCAAAAAAAGUGGCAUUAAAGGCAGUGGAAGCGUGGUAAUUGUUGAUCCUUCAAGAAAGGGUUCAGAUGAAAUGUUUUUGAAACAACUUUUGGAAUUUGAACCAGAUAUGAUUGUUUAUGUUAGUUGCAACGUAUUCACGCAAGCUCGAGACUUGGCCGUUUUUGAAAAAUUGCAAGGUGAGAACCAAAAGUAUAGAGUUGAGGAUGUUGUCGGCUUUGACUUUUUCCCGCAAACAAAACAUGUUGAAUCCGUUGCUAUAUUGAAAAGAAAUUUAUGUACAUAG